AUGGCGCAGAUCACGCUCAGUCCGCCGUCGAUGCCAUGGGGCAGGAAGCGAAUCGCUGUUAUGACCUCUGGCGGUGAUUCCCCUGGUAUGAGUGCCACGGUUCGAGCCGUAGUGAGGCAAUCGCUUGCAUCAGGCUGCACGGCCUAUGCCGUCUACGAAGGCUACCAAGGAUUGGUCGACGGUGGACACAUGAUCAAGGAAAUGGUAUGGGAAGACGUGCGAGGCUGGAUCUCGGAAGGAGGCACUCUCAUCGGUACGGCGAGGUGCAAAGCCUUCAUGGAGCGAGCCGGGCGUUUGACUGCAGCCGACAAUAUGAUUGAGCGGGGCAUUGAUGCCCUGAUUAUUUGCGGUGGAGACGGCUCACUGACCGGAGCCGACAAAUUCAGGGCUGAAUGGCCAGGCCUUAUGGACGAGCUGGUCUCGACAGGCAAAAGAAAGGAAGAGGAUGUGAAACCAUACAGACAUCUCAACAUUGUUGGACUGGUUGGAUCUAUCGACAACGACCUCAGCAGCACAGAUGCAACGAUCGGCUGCUAUUCCUCCCUGCAACGAAUUUGCCAAUCGAUCGACUACAUCGACGCCACUGCACUCUCACACCAGCGCGCUUUCGUGAUUGAGGUCAUGGGCAGACAUUGUGGAUGGCUAGCACUGAUGGCUGGUGUUGCAUGUGGUGCCGAUUUCGUCUUCCUUCCAGAGAACCCACCUUCAGAAAACUGGCAAGAUGAGAUGUGCUCCAUCGUACGCAAGCACAGGCAGAUGGGCAAGAGAAAGACCAUUGUGAUCGUGGCCGAAGGUGCUCACGAUCGGAAUUUGAACCACGUGUCGCCAACCAUGGUCAAGGACUUACUUUCGAACAAGGUUGGCCUCGAUACCAGAGUUACCACACUCGGCCACGUGCAACGUGGUGGACCACCAUGUGCCUACGAUCGCAUGUUGGCGACCCUGCAGGGUGUAGAGGCCGUCAAGGCCGUGCUUGAUGCCACCCCAGAAACACCAUCACCUGUGAUUUGCAUCACCGAGAACAAGAUUGUACGGAAAGACCUUAUGGAGGCCAUUCGACUCACAAAACAAGUCGCAGUUGAUAUUGCCAACAAGGACUUCGAUGCCGCCAUGAGAGGUCGUGAUGCGGAGUUUGCAGAGUUCCAGCAGGCCUUCGAGAUCACGACAGCCACAGACAAAUCCAAUAUGCUCCUUCCGCCAGAGAAACGAAUGCGGGUCGGUAUUAUUCACGUCGGAGCUCCUGCUGGAGGUAUGAACGCUGCUACAAGAGCUGCCGUCGCAUACUGCCUGACCAAGGGACACACACCUGUGGCCUUGCACAACGGCUUUCCUGGCCUCUGUAGACAUCACGAUGAUCAACCACUGGGCUCUGUUAGGGAGGUGAGCUGGCUAGAUGCCGAAAACUGGGGAUCAAGAGGUGGCUCUGAAAUCGGUACAAACCGUGGACUUCCAUCCGAAGACUUCAAGACAGCGGCUUACUGCUUCGAGAAGUACAAGAUCGACGCGCUUUUCCUCGUAGGUGGUUUCGAGGCUUUCACUGCCGUGUCUGAGCUUCGGAAAGCGCGCGAACAGUAUGAAUCGUUCAAGAUCCCAAUGGUGGUACUGCCCGCCACUGUGUCAAACAAUGUGCCAGGAACUGAGUUCUCAAUCGGAUCGGAUACUUGCCUCAACGCUCUGAUCGAAUAUUGCGACUCGAUCAAGCAGAGUGCCUCCGCGUCGCGUCGUCGCGUUUUCGUGGUGGAAACGCAAGGAGGUGCCUCAGGAUACGUCGCUACCCUCGCCGGUCUUUCAAUUGGCGCUCUUGCCGUUUACACCCCAGAAGAGGGCAUUCACCUGAAAAUGCUCGACCAGGACAUAGAAUUCUUGAAGAAGCAAUUCGCUCUGGAUAAGGGCCAUACGCGGUCCGGGAAAAUCAUCCUCCGUAACGAGAAGGCUUCAAAGACGUACACGACUGAGAUCAUCGCCAACAUCAUUAAGGAAGAAAGCGGUGGCAGAUUCGACUCCAGAUUCGCUGUGCCUGGUCACGUGCAGCAAGGCGGUAUCCCAUCGCCUAUGGACCGUGUCAGAGCUGUGCGUUUUGGUGUCAAGUCACUGCAAUACCUCGAGAGCUUCUAUGGGAAGUCUAAGGAUGAGAUUGCGAACGACGACAUGUCCACAGCCGUCAUCGGCAUCCGAGGUGCCAGAGUCAAAUUCAGCGCCAUGAAGAAAAUCGAAGAAUUGGAGACAGAUUGGAAGGAUCGUCGACCCAAGGACGAGUUCUGGAUGAACCUUAUCGAUGUUGUUGACACGCUCUCCGGCAGGCCGAAGGCGGGUGGCAGGAGUCCUAUUCCUGGCAGUCCGGCACUUCAUCCUGUGACGUCGAACGGUAGGUAG